UCAGUUUUGACCAAUCAAAUUAGUUGAGACAUAAUUGUCAGGCGCUAUCUUCAAUAUCUCGAAAAAUCCAUUUUUAUUCUAUUCUUUACCUUAUAACAUGAGUAAAGCUCAAGAAAAGAAUGCUGAGGAGGGUAUCUUACAAUAUUUGACAAAACAGAAUAGACCAUACAGCGCCAUAGAUGUUUACAAUAAUUUGCAUAAAGUAUAUGGAAAAACGGUUGUAGUUAAAGUUCUUGAGAGUCUAGCUCAAGAAGGCAAAAUCAGAGAAAAACUAAAUGGCAAACAGAAGGCAUAUGUGGUAGACCAGUCCCAGUUCCCAGAUGUUCCUGAGAGUGAGAUGAAAUUCAUGGAAAAGAAAAUUACUGACCUUUCAGAGAAGUUAAAAACUGCUCAGGCAAACUUAAGGCAACACCAAACAGAGUUAAAGGGUCUCACCAGUUCCAUGUCAACAGAAGAGGCUCGGAUUCAACUAGGAGUCAUUAAUAACCAGUGCAAUGCAUGCAAGGCUAAAAUUGCAGCAUUUGAAGCUGGAGGAAAGAGGGUGACACCUGAAGAGAGAGAAAAGGUGAUGAAAAUGAGGGAGAAGUAUGUGAGUGCUUGGAAAAAAAGGCGGCGGAUGGCUAAUGACAUACUAGAUACCAUACUGGAGAGCUACCCCAAGCCUAAGAAAGCUCUAUAUGAAGAUGUUGGAAUUGAAACAGAUGAGGAAUAUAAUGUGAAAAUUCCCAGUAAAUAAGAAUAGGAAGUUGGAAUAAUUAUAAGAAAACCCACGAUCUGUAGAGAAUUGUCUAGACUCUCGAGGAAUGUGGAGACUUCUUGCACAAGGAGUUGGGAGAUGAUGCCAAAUGGAUGUUUACUCCAAUGUUCAUGGCCCCAUCAGACAAUUCUGUGAGAGCAGUAGGUACAGAUACCAAGCUGGGACUAUGCAUUUAUUGCACCAUAUGCUUGUUAAUAAAAACUCAAUGGAGAAAAAUUCCAUACCCACAGAUGUUGUUUACAACCCUGAUAUAGUUACAUCUCAGAAAAAGUUGUUAUCUCAAGUUAAAUGUUUAAUUAUUUUGUAAUAAAGAUACAGUAUAACAAAAAUUGUGUUUAUUUAGAUAAUAUUAUUUUUAUCCCACAGAAUGUAGUUUGUAAGGGAUAUAGAAAAGCCACCCAUCUGUUAGUCUCUCUAGAUGAUUACUCAAAUACCAGUUGAUGGAUUUCAUUCAAAUUUUACAGGCUUAUGCCUUAUGGGUGUAGGACCUCUGCUCGAGAAGGAAUUUUCAAUAUGGCCACUCCAUUCAAA